AUGGCCUCAUCAGCACCACGAAAGUUAGGAGGCCUCAAAGAUCUGUAUGACUGCAUUGAUGAUCGGCUUCAGAUGCCUCUAACCCAGAAGGCUCUUCCCCAUGAAAACCAUAGGAGUUCAAUGGAAGUGUUAUUGGAUGGAUCUCUGAAGCUAUUGGAUGUUUGUGGGAACGUGAAAGAUGUUUUUUCACAGAUGAAGGAAUGCAUCCAGGAACUCGAGUCAUCAUCCCGGAGAAAGAGAAGAAGAGAUCCUGAACAGGCGAGUGAAGUCGAGACAUACAUCAAAUCUAGGAAAACAUUGCAGAAAAUGGUCACAAAGCUUUUGGAUCAUGUGAGGAAGAUGGAGAGGAAAAACGACCUGAGAAAACACUCGAAACCUGAGGCUACUCUCAGCAUAUUAAGAGAAGCUGAAGAAAUCAGUUUUCAGUAUUUGAGUCCCCGUUGCAUGUGCUAUCAGGGCCAAGGGAAAGAUCGAAGCCUAUCAGUUGGUCUUUAG